AUGCUUUUAAGGAUUUUCGUUAAAGCGUUUAUCGUUUUACAAAUUAUAAAUUUGUAUCCGCUAAAAAAGCCAUUGUUAUUAUCGGGCAUUUUUACCGGGAAAGUACGGAAAACGGGCCGGGCAAAAAAAGCGUUAAAAAUAACGGAAUUGGAAAAAGGAAAAAUAGCAAUUACCGCCCAACCAUUAUUACAAACGCCGUUACCGCCGCGGUUAACGCGUUUAGCAAAAUUAACUUUGGCCGUACUUUUUUUUUAA